AAAUCUCCUUGGGAGCCAUCAACCUCAUCAGAUCAAACGAUCAAUGUCAUUCAACCAGUAUUGAUGAGGAGUAUUGAAAAGUUAGUCAUAGUGGUGAUCAUAGCAUCAUUUCUAGCAUGUUUCCACCCACUAAUCAAUUAUUGUAGCAAUGUCGGUGCAGUUCUUCACACAGCCAGGCUCCAGGAAUCAGAAGUCCAACAGCGGUGAGGACAGGCAAGACAGAAGAUGGCUCAACGGGCUGAUCUCAUCCGUGCUGGGAUGUUGCUUCUGACCAUGUGGCUGCAGGUGGAGGAGGCUGCCGCAGGUCUGCUGAAAGUUGACUUCGCCCAGGAAGGAGGCAGUGAUGGCAACACCAUCAGCCACUCCCAAACCCUGUUGCAGCGGCUGGAGGCCCUGCUGAAUCAGGGGAACGGAAGUGAUGUUUCUCUCCGUGUGGAGACGCCGAAUGCUGACGAGGUGAAGGUGAUCCAGGCUCACUCCCUGGUGCUCUCCCUGCAGAGCUCGGUGUUUGAGGAGAUGCUGCUGAGCCGCAACAGCAGCACUAUGGUGCUGAGAGAGAGUUCCGACUGCGCCGCUGUGUUUGACAAGUUCAUCAGAUAUCUGUAUUGUGGAGAGAUUUCUCUUCGUCUUGACCAGGCCACACCUCUGCAUAAGUUGGCCGCCAAGUACCAAGUGCAGAGCCUCCAGCAGGGUGUCACCAACUACAUGACCCAAAAUUUGGCCAGAGACUCACCUUCUGGUCAUGUGGCAGGCUGGUAUGAAUAUGCCCUGCAGGCAGGGGAUGUUGUUCUGAGGGAUAGCUGUCUGCAGUACCUGGCUUGGAACCUGUCAUCUGUGCUGCAGAGCGGGGAGUGGGUGUCUAUCAGCAGUCAGCUGCUUAUGACCCUGCUUCAGCGCUCUGAUCUCAUCCUGCAGAGUGAGAUGGAGCUCUUUGCAGCUCUAGAGGCCUGGAUUAUCCAGAAUGAGCCCGAUGGUUUGACGGCAGAGAACACAUUAAGAGCUGUGCGUUAUGCUAUGAUGCCUCCUAGGGAGCUCUUCCGUCUGCAGACCCAGUCAACAGUCCUGGCUCGUUAUCAGGAGUCAGUCCGUGACCUGCUGUACAUGUCCUACCAGUUUCACUCUGCCUCACCACUGCAAAUGGCAAAAUACUUUGACGUGAAUUGUAGCCUCUUUGUCCCAAGAAACUAUUUGUCUGCAGUGUGGGGUUCACCUUGGAUAAUCAACAAUCCGACCCGGGACGACCGCAGCACCAGCUUCCAAACUCAACUAGGGCCCAGCAGCCAUGAUGCCAGCAAACGAGUUACCUGGAAUGCCCUGUUCUCACCACGCUGGUUACCUCUCAGCAUGAGGCCCAUGUACACGGAAAGCGGCGCCAUGCAGCCGACACGUGUGGAAGGAGGGCGCCCUCGCAUCAUCAUCACGCCAGCAACAUCCAGUGCAGAUUUUGCAGGAGUCAACUUCCAAAAGACGGUUCUUGUGAUGGCUCAGCAGCACGGUAAGCUAGUCGUGAAGCAUGUCUACAACUUCCACCAGAGCACCGAGGAAAACGGUGACUUCUUGGCCGAAGCCAAUCUGUACAGGCGCACCUCUGAAUACCUCAUCGACAGCUCCCUCUUUCUCCAUGUCGUGGUGAAACCACUUUACCAAACCCUCAUAACCACCAAGAACUGACUACAAGCCCUCACUCAUAUCUGAAUCCUAAUAGCUUGGUCUCUUGUUUGUCUUUUCACAUAAAAUUACUGUUUUCACUUGGCAACUAAGAUUUUCAGUAUUUCGUCUUGUGGAAAGGCUCAUGAGGGAAAUCAUGAACACAUGUCGUAGCUUGGUGCUAUUCUCAGUUCUUGUACUGUCAAAACAAAUCACAUCGACAAAUCUAUCCAAACUGCUUGAAAGCCUUAAAAAACAACGUAUGUGGAUUAAAAACUAAAAAAACAAAAUGCAUUUUUUCAUGAUUUUGUUGUAAAUUAUUGACAGUGUAUUUGACAAUAAGAAGAACAAAGAACAUUCAGCAGUUUUCUUUCCUCUGAAUAUUAUUUUUUCAGGUGCUAUUUUCAGUAAAUUUAUGAGCCCAGAGAAAAAGUAUUUGCUUUUUAUGUUAAUGGGUCAUAACUAGGUUGUAUCAGAAAAUACAUUUCUGAUCAAUAAAUCAUUAAAUAAUUGCUCUCUGGGCACCAAAUCCCUAUCCUAACAACUAGAUUGUGACUUUUCAAUUUUUAUUUCUUUCCUGUAUGAAUCUGUGGAUGUCCCAACACUUGAUCACUUAGUUAAUUAAAUUUAUUGUUGCUUAUAUAUGAUUCAUGUUACCUACUAAUAAAGACUUUUACAGUUUUGUG